GCUAGUUAUACCGCAACAAACACACCGCACGCAUCAAUCCUGUUGUUGCCUUCCUGCUGGUCAGUGUGGCUCAGUGAAACAUAAUUGUAAGAACGCGUUAAUAAAAUGGCUCAGAGAAAUCCAGAAAUUAAGUACACUAAGUUGUUUAUCAACAAUGAAUUCGUCGACGCUAAAAGCGGGAAAACUUUCCCUACAAUUAACCCAGUAAAUGAGAAGAAGAUUAUUGAUGUUGCCGCCGGCGAUAAGGAGGAUGUAGAUGCAGCGGUGGCGGCAGCUCGCUGUGCUUUCAAGCGGGGAUCCGCGUGGCGUUCGAUGGACCCUUCUGCACGUGGAAAACUGAUUUACAAAUUAGCACAACUUGUCGAGCGUGACAUCUCAUACCUGGCGUCCUUGGAGUCGCUGGACAAUGGUAAACCAUAUGAGGAUUCCAUCUUCGACAUCAAUUGCGCCAUUGACACGCUUAAGUACUAUGCAGGAUGGGCUGACAAGAUUCACGGUCUAACUAUUCCCGGAGAUUGGGGUGUAACAUCGAUGACAAGAAAGGAACCAGUUGGUGUUGUGGGUCAAAUAAUUCCAUGGAACUAUCCUAUUCUUAUGCUUGCCUGGAAGUGGGGACCCGCAUUGGCUACCGGUUGCACUGUUAUUCUGAAACCCGCUGAGCAAACUCCACUUACUGCUUUGGUACUUGCUGCUCUCAGCAAGGAAGCUGGUUUCCCUGCUGGAGUGAUCAAUGUCAUCCCUGGGUAUGGUCCAACUGCAGGCGCCGCCAUUGCGUGUCAUCCUCACAUCAACAAAGCUGCAUUCACCGGCUCCACCGAAGUGGGACACAAAAUUUUGGAGAAUUCUGCUUUGAGCAACCUUAAGAGGAUUUCUCUAGAAUUAGGAGGGAAGAGUCCACUCGUCGUUUUUAACGAUGCUACAUUGGAGGAAGCAGUUGAAAUUGCCCACAAUGCAAUUUUUGCCAACCAUGGCCAGAAUUGCUGUGCUGGUUCCAGGACCUACGUUCAAUCAGGCAUUUACGACGCCUUCGUUGUUAAGGCAACCGAAAUGGCUAAGGCACGCAAAGUAGGCGAGCCUUUCACUGCUGGUGUCCAACAAGGACCUCAAGUAGAUAAGGAGAUGUUUGACAAGGUAUUGGGUCUCAUCGAAAAGGGUAAAAAGGAAGGUGCCAAGUGCAUGACUGGAGGUGCCCGCCACGGUACCGAGGGUUACUUUGUGCAACCGACGGUAUUUGCUGAUGUCAAAGAUGACAUGAGUAUUGCCAGACAAGAGAUCUUUGGGCCUGUGCAGAGCAUCUUUAAAUUUGAUACUCUUGAAGAGGUAAUCGAACGCGCAAACGAUACUACCUACGGUUUGGCGGCUGGUUGCGUUACCAAGGAUUUGAAUACCGCCAUGACUUUUGCACAAGCUGUGCAAGCUGGUUCAGUUUGGAUUAACUGCUAUGACAUGGUUAUUCCACAAGCGCCUUUCGGAGGUUUCAAGCAGUCCGGAAUGGGCCGCGAACUUGGUGAGGACUCGUUGCACGAGUAUCUGGAGACGAAAACCAUCACUAUGAAAUUACCCUGCACCCACUAAUUUUAAUAGUGGGUUUUUAAUAUGAACAUAUACUAUUGUUUUGAUUUAUUGCAAAAUGAAUUAAAUGAAAUAUUUUUGUAUUUCAAAUAA